AUGGCCCCCACCCUGCUCCAGAAGCUCUUCAACAAAAGGGGUGGCAGCGCGGCGGCCCCCCACGGCCGGGCUCCGGGGGAGGGGCCCGCCUUCAGCUGGUCCUCUUCAGAGUUUGACUUGAAUGAAAUCCGCCUGAUAGUUUACCAAGACUGUGAGAGGAGAGGCAGACAGGUCUUAUUUGAUUCCAAAGCAGUCCGCAAAAUUGAUGAAGCUGUGGUUCAGAAAAUGGCAGAGGAUGCUUCUGUAAAGACUUCUGCCAAGAACUGCCAAGCAAGCAAUGGGAACAACAAUAUUUCUUCCCAUAGUCCCUCAAUAAGCUGUAUGCAAAAUAUCAAAGAACAGAUACCGAAGUAUCAGUACACCAGACCAGCCUCUGAUGUCAACAUGCUGGGAGAAAUGAUGUUUGGCUCAGUGGCAAUGAGUUACAAAGGCUCCACCUUGAAAAUUCACUAUAUACGCUCUCCCCCACAGCUGAUGAUAAGUAAAGUCUUCUCAGCCAGGGUAGGAAGCUUCAGUGGAAGCAACAAUAACUUACAAGAUAGCUUUGAAUACAUCAAUCAAGAUCCCAGCCUCGGAAAGCUGAGCUCGAAUCAGAAUGGUUUGGGAACCUGUCGCAGUGGAAGUAAUUUAGCACACAGCACGCCUGUUGAUAUGCCUAGCAGAGGACAAAAUGAGGACAGAGACAGCGGCAUUGCUCGGUCAGCGUCUCUGAGCAGUCUUCUGGUCACUCCUUUUCCAUCUCCAAGCUCUUCAUCAUCAUCUUCUAGCAGCUACCAACGUCGCUGGCUCCGAAGUCAGACAACCAGUUUAGAGAAUGGAAUUAUUCCAAGGUGGUCCACUGAAGAAAUGUUUAGUAUGGCUGAUGAAAGCUGCAGCUCCAAUCCUGCAAUGGUUCGGAGGAAGAAAAUUGCAAUCAGCAUAAUCUUUUCUCUGCCUGAAAAAGAAGAAGCACAGAGAAACUUCCAGGAUUUCUUUUUCUCUCACUUUCCUCUUUUUGAAUCUCACAUGAACAAGCUGAAAUAUGCCAUAGAAAAGGCCAUGAUCUCAUGUAGAAAAAUAGCAGAAUCCAGCCAAAGAGUGCAGGUUUAUAUCAGCCGUGUCAUGGAUGCCCUGGGAGAAUUCAGGGUUACCAUCUGGAACCUAUAUUCUGUUCCAAGGAUUGCAGAGCCUGUGUGGCUUAAUAUGAUGUCCAGCACCCUGGAAAAGAAUCAGCUAUGCCAGCGUUUUCUUAAAGAAUUUACGUUUCUGAUAGAACAGAUCAACAAAAAUCAGUUCUUUGCUGCUUUGUUAACUGCGGUGCUGACAUACCAUCUGGCUUGGGUCCCAACAGUAAUGCCAGUUGACCAUCCUCCCAUAAAGGCCUUCUCUGAGAAGCGCACAUCGCAGUCUGUGAACAUGCUGGCAAAAUCCCAUCCGUAUAACCCUCUCUGGGCACAGCUUGGUGAUCUCUACGGUGCCAUAGGCUCUCCAGUUAGAUUGACUCGAACUGUUAUUGUUGGAAAACGCAAGGAGUUGGUGCAGCGCUUGCUCUAUGUUCUAACUUACUUCAUUCGGUGCUCUGAGCUGCAGGAAAAUCAGCUGACAUGGAGUGAGAAGGCUGGGGAAGGAGAGCAAGUGCUAAACGGAAGCAAGAUCACAACUGCACUAGAAAAGGGAGAGGUAGAGGAGUCUGAUUAUGUGGUUGUCACUGUUAAAAAUGAACCUGCUCUUGUGCCUCCAAUCCUACCUCCAAAGAAUGAUGGAAGUAAGAACAACAGUAUUGCAGAGUGGGUACAUGACCCAGAAAGCACUCAUGCUGUCCCAGCCUCCUCAAAAGAAAAGAGAGAAGCGAUAGGAAAGGCCAGUCAGAACUCUGAAGCAUCUGUUGACUGUCUCACUAGCAGUUUCUGUAAAGGAGCAGCUGAUGGUAGGAAAAGAACUGUCACUGAUACAGGAAUCAUAUCCUACCACUUUGAAGAGCCAUCUAAAUUGGAGGAUUUAAUGGAUAUAAAGAAGAACAAUAACCAGAAUGAGAGAAAAGUGGAAAAGCAAUUAUCUAGUAGGUCAUCUGCCUUACCUUGUCCUGAAAGGUCUGGCCACAGGAGUUCACACUUAGAAAAGGUCACCUUUCAGAUUGGAAGUUCUGCAUCACCAGAGUCAGACUUAGAAACUCAUAGAAGAGAAAUGGAAGAAAAUCUGAAGGCAUUCAGAAAAAAUCCAGAGGUGAUACAUUGUGCCUCAAGUUCCACAAAUCUGAGUGUGGAUGCUUCCCAGAAUCAAAAAGAAAGUUGUGAAGCUGCCUUUAUACCCUUCAGUAAACAUAAUGUUUGUUAUGCACAAAUCCCACCUUGUGAGGGGAAGGAGAGUAUACUUAACCAACGUAUGGAGAGUAAAGGAACUGAAAUGAAUUUUGCGAACACAAUAUCUAGUGAACCACUUUUGCCCAUAGAUAACAUAGAAACUGUAAAAUUGCCAAGCCUGAAAGAAACUAGAACUUUAUGCUCUGGCAAUGUGGAGAACUAUUCCCCUGGCUGUGUAGAAGUAGGUUCUGCUGUCAAACAGGAUUCCCCUAAAGUAGGUGCUAAAGAUGUCCCCUAUGGGGAUGCUGGAAGGAAAAUCUCCUUCAGAGUUGAAGGAGACAUUCCAAGGAACGAGAGUUCAGACAGUGCUCUUGGAGCCAGUGAUGAAGAAGGUGAUUGUUGUAUCCCUGACGAAGUGCAUCGUGAUAAUGUCAGCAAAAGACUUGAAGAGUUUGCAGAAGUGGAACUUCCUUUACCAAGGUCAAAUACAAUCAGCAGUCAAUGUGUGAAAAAUUUUGGAAGAUCACUUCUAGGUGGUUACUGUCAUACGUAUAUACCUGAUCUAGUGCUGCAUGGAAUAAAUAAUGAUGAAAAACUCAAGCAGUGUCUACUAGCAGACCUACUUCAUGCAAUGCAUCAUCCAGUGCUAGAUGAGCCCAUAGCAGAAGCUGUCUGCAUUAUUGCAGACACAGAUAAAUGGAAUGUACAAGUAGCUACAAGCCAGAGAAAGAUGAUGGACAAUAUGAAGUUAGGCAAAGAUGUUUUGGUUUCGAGUCAAGUAUCCAGUUUAUUGCAGUCUAUUUUACAGCUUUACAAACUCAACGUCCCAGCUGACUUUUGCAUAAUGCAUCUUGAGGAUAGACUACAAGAGAUGUAUCUCAAAAGCAAAAUGCUUUCAGAAUAUCUGCGAGGACAUACAAGAGUGCAUGUAAAAGAACUAGGAAUUGUAUUGGGGAUUGAAUCCAAUGACUUGCCUUUGUUGGCUGCUAUAGCAAGUACUCAUUCCCCGUAUGUUGCUCAAAUACUCUUAUAAAUUAAAAUCUCAGGACAGUCAUUCCCUUAAAGUAAAAUAAAGAAAAUGGGAAUGUUGAAUGAAGAACAGAGGUGCCAAACACUGGUAAAGGGGAACACUGAGGAAAGCAGGUGAUGACUGUACAUUCUACCACCUUCUGAUUCUGAUUUCAACCGGAUGUUUUAUCAGAGGACUUCAGUUUACAUAACGUAAAAGACAUUCAGGUUUUUCUUACAGUCUCACUUCUGACUUAAAUCAAGAAAGUGACUGCAUCCUUGCAUUUUAUUUUUAUUUAAAGGACAAAAGUUAACACUAUGCGGCAGACCAGGAGCUGCCGUCCAAAACGCUGCUCAAAACCAUGAAGUAACAGUUAGAAGAACAAGUGGGUUAGAAUGGAUUUCGUAAUACUACACUUGUGAGUGUGGUGUGGUGUAUGUUUCUUUGCUGGGGAGGAGGAGGAGCUGUAAACUAUGUAUAUAGCAUUCCUAUACACAAGUGUAUUAGAUGGGACAUGAUUUUCUUGCAGAGCAUAUGCAUGAUUUUGUAUAGUAGAAGUGAUGGGCUCAGAACAAGGAACCUGGAUUCAGCAGUCAAAUGUUUUGUGGGAAUGGAGGUGUGCAUGAGGUGAUGUGACUCUUCCCUUCAAGGAUGAGAGGUUAAGAAAGCUGUAGCUGCUUCUGUUUUAAUGAGGAGGCAUUCAAAUGAGCCCAUGGCUAGAAGUGGAAUGAAAUGGACUUCUGAGAUAGGGAUUUUGUGGGAAAGCCUUACGGAAUUUCUGCUACAAGUUUACAUUUGUUGCUGAUGCAACUUCAAUAACUCUUUUGAGUUUCUGUAUGACUGUAGUCCUGGGAACUAAACCUGUGUGUUGGUGUCAUCAAGUAUUACUGUCUCCGAGGAGUAUGAAUUUGACAAACUUAUAUAUGAUACCAGUGCUGUUAGUGCGUGUCUGUGCGCACGUACACCAAGCAAUUGGCACAAACUGAAGACAAUCUUCUUGGGGAAAUAAAAGACAACAAACAAUCCCCCACCAAACCUUUAGUCAAAAGUAUUACUUUUUUUCGAGCUACUAGUUGUCACUCUAGGAAUAAAAGAGGAGCGUUGUUUGAAGUAAAAUGAAAUGUAGGGGGCAAAACCCAAUAUUUGAUAUUACUAUGAAUGUUUGCAAUUAUCCUUUUUGAUUCUACAGAAAUCUUGAACUAUGAUCUGGGUGCCUUUCCUUAAUAGGUUAACUACUCUGAGACCAGAAACUACUUCUCCACUAGUUGAUACUGGCCUUCUGUGUUUCUAGAAAGCAAAAUAAAAUUUUGUAUUUUACUGUUUUCAUGUGGUUGAUAACAUGAAUGUAAAAAAAAAAAAAAAUUACUUUUUUUGCAUAAAGCACUGUUAAGCUGGAUAUGAAACUAUGGACCAGACUGAGGAGAGAAGAAAGGAUCAAAACAAACAUUCUUAAAGAAACGGAAAACUCAAUGUUGGACCGUUCUGUUGUGAGCCAGCAUGAAUGAGGUGUCUGAAAUUGUCAGCUUGCAAGCAAAUUGCUAGCAACACAAUUGCUUGGGAACAGUGAAUUCUAGUAAGAAACUCCUGGUCACCGGUUGUGAGUUCUCCUCGUUGGUGAUUACAGAUUUUUAACACUGAAGGGACACACUCUUAUUAAAAGUGUUUUUAUUUCCUACUA